AUGGCUAGCAGGGAACAUGCAUGCAUCACCGCUCAACUAUUUUGCCCGUCCAAGAUGAGAGAAACAAGUUUAUUCACUUAUUCACUUCUACUAAUCACAUCAACAGCUGCUGUUCUGGGAUUGUCUAUUCCACUCACUUUCCAUCAGCACCUACCACUACUACCUUCAAACCAACAGCCCAUCAUGGACAAAUCCAUUCCUGACAUCCCCAAGCCACAGCCCUUUACUGCAAAGGAAGAUCUAUCAGGCCACGCAGAUGGCCCUAUCAUCUCAGAUGUUCUCCCAAAGACCAAAGCCAUCAAUAUCUUUGCCCGGCUCACCCGGGACUUCGAGCCGAUCGCCUCUCACCUUAACGAUGCAUCCAAGAACAUCACCGUCCUGGCUCCCAGAAACAGUGCAGUAGAGGCUCUACCAUACAAGCCAUGGGAAGUAGCUGACGAUUAUGCUCGUGGUGGUGUGAGAGUAUAUGAGGGACAGGAGGGACAUGAUCGGAUCAAGCAGAAUCUGCAGCGGUUUGUAGAGGCUCACCUCAUUCCUGUCAGCCCUUGGAAGGAGGGUGAAGAGGUAGAAACAUUGGCAGGAAAGAAAUUGAAGUGGGUGAAGGAAGGAGACAAGGUUUUUGUAAGUGUUCUAUCUGCGAGACUCAACUGUCCUCCUACUGAUACUGACUGUUUCCAGAUCCAACCGGGCAAUAUCGAAGUGGAUAGCAUUGCUGUGAAAGUGUCUAAUGGAGAGGUUUGGGUCGUGAAUUCGGUCAUCACCUAG